AUGCCUCAGUUUCUCUUAUCGCAAUCAAGAUACACAAAUUUAUUUACAGAUAUAGAGCUUCAAGAGAUACAUAUCGGAAACCUUAUGAUGAAGCUCCCGCGAGGUGAGUGUAAGGAAAUCCAGGCUUCUGGUUUCUCUUCUUUUUUUUCACAUUCUGGUUCAGAAUUAUGGGAAAUCGAAUGGUUGUCGGAUGAUGGAUCGAUUGAGAGUUGGAGGUUUAUGGACGACGAAAUUGAAAUUGCAGCAAGGAGGUUAAGGAUCGGUUCUGAAUUAGUGAGUAGUUUAAUGGAAUUACGUAGAUCCAUCGAGGAAGAUUAUGAGGUGGUGAUGUAA